AUGAAUACACCAAAUAGGGAGAUAAAUGAAGAAAAACCAAACAAUGGAUCGAUUUUUCCGAUCAUUAAAGAAGAAGAGCCAAAUGAUGUAAUAUUCAAUGAUAUGUCAUCAAUGAAACAAUUAGAACAUAACGUAAUUACAAUUAAUGUUUCUGGUCUAAAAUUUCAAACUUAUCAAUCAACAUUGGAAAGAUAUCCGUUAACAUUGCUUGGUAAUUCAUUCAAACGAAAUCGUUUUUGGGAUCCUAAAAAUGAAGAAUAUUUUUUCGAUCGACAUCGUACAAGUUUCGAAUCAAUAUUGUAUACUUAUCAAAGUGGUGGUAUCGUAAAAAGGCCUGAAUCGGUACCAAUCGAUAUGUUUAUCAAAGAGCUCAAAUUUUUCGAAAUGGGUGAAGAAUUGUUGGAGAAAUUCUGGAUUAGUGAAGGUUAUGAGAAACCGAAAGAAAUUCAAAUGCCACGAAACGUAUUGCAACGGCAACUAUGGGAAUUGACAGAAUAUCCGGAUUCUUCAUUAUUCGCUCGAAUUUUUGCACUUCUCUCUAUUUUCGUUAUUAGCAUCUCAAUAAUAUCAUUUUGUUUGGAAACAUUACCAUCGAUAAAAGAAAAUCCGGGUGAUAUACGUGACUGGUCUAAUCCAUUUUUCUACAUUGAAUUAUUUUGUAUUAUUUGGUUUACAAUUGAAUUAUUGCUACGAUUUAUAAGCUGUCCGGAUAAGUUUAGCUUCCUUCGCUCUAUUCUCAAUAUUAUUGACUUCAUUGCUAUUGCACCUUUUUUUGGUAAUUUAUUGUGGAUGGAUUCAGCUAAAUCCAAUUCAUCGAUGUCAUUCGCUGUAUUACGUGUUCUACGUUUAGUACGAGUAUUCAGGAUAUUCAAGCUCAGUAGGCAUUCAGUUGGCUUACAAAUUCUUGGCAAAACAUUUCGUGCAUCGAUACAGGAAUUUUGCCUUCUUAUCUUUUUUAUGGCAAUUGCUUUGGUACUUUUCUCCAGUGGCGUUUAUUUCGCUGAACAAAAUGAGCCAAAUACAAAAUUUACCUCAAUUCCUGCUUCUUUCUGGUUUGUCUUGGUUACAAUGACAACAGUCGGGUAUGGGGAUUUGACACCCACUGGAGUUUACGGUAAACUGGUGGGUGGCUUGUGUGCAUUAAUUGGUGUAUUGACACUUGCCCUACCUGUUCCUAUUAUUGUAGCAAAUUUUAAACAUUUUUAUCGACAAGAAACACGAAUGGCACAAAUGCGUGCAUCAGUUGAGGAGAAUGAAACAAAUUCAGAGGAUUAA